AUGUGGUCCUCAUCCCUUCUAACCUCCCUCUUGCUCUCCACCACCACUCUCGUCUCCGCCAUCAAUGCUCCAGCUCACCAAGCCCACUUGAACCUCCACCACAACAAACGCGAAGCCUACGUCCCUCCUCCAGUAAUCCAAUCUCCUCUUCACAAAGGCUAUAAAGCAGUAGCCUACUAUGUCAACUGGGCAAUCUACGCCCGCAACCAUCCCCCCCAAGAAAUCCCCUCCCAAUCUCUAACCCACAUCCUCUACGCUUUCGGCGGCAUCAACAACAAAACAGGCGAAGCAUACCUCACAGACCCUUACGCCGACAUUGAAAAGACCUGGCCGGGAGAUGUUCCUUCCAACUCCACUUCUCUCUCCAAAAAUGGAACGCAAGUCAAAGAUAUGGAUAUGUUUGGGAAUUUAAAACAGUUGUAUUUACAUAAGAAGAAGAAUCGGGGUUUGAAGACGUUGUUGAGUAUUGGUGGGUGGGGUUUACGCACGUAUUUUGCGCCUGCGUUGGAGAGUGAGGAGGGGAGGAGGAGGUUUGCGGUAUCGAGCGUGGGGCUUUUGAAGGAUUUGGGCUUCGACGGCCUAGACAUCGACUGGGAAUAUCCCUCCUCCCCCAAGGAAUCCCAAGAUCUCGUCGAAACCUGCCGUUUAAUCCGUCAAGAACUCGACUCCUACGCCCUAACCCUCACAUCCACCCCCUCCUAUUCCUAUUCCUAUUCCCCUCAACCACCACCUCACUUCCUCCUAACCCUCUCCGUCCCCGCCGGACCCAUCAAUUACAAGCACUUCAACAUCCCAGCCCUAUCCCCCUACAUCGACUUCAUCAAUCUCAUGGGAUAUGAUUACCAAGGAGCCGCCUUUUCGAAUUUCUCGGGCCAUGCGCAGAAUGUGUAUAAAUCUACCCUCAACCCAAGGAGUACGGAUUUCAAUACCGAGGAUCCCGUGGAAUAUUAUCUUGGAGAAGGAGGAUUGCAGCCGGAGAGAUUGGUGUUGGGAAUGCCGCUUUAUGGACGCAGUUUUGCGAAUACGACUGGUCCUGGAGAGGUUUUUGGGAAUACUACUGAUGGGAGUUGGGAGGCUGGGAUUUGGGAUUAUAAGGCCCUCCCCCUAAACAACAGUCAAAUCUACCACGACAACGACCUAAUCGCUUCCUGGUCCUAUAACAACCAAACGAAAUAUAUGGUUUCUUACGAUACCCCUGAAAUCGCUAUUGCCAAGACGAAGUAUCUGGUUAAGAAGGGUUUGGGAGGAGCUAUGUGGUGGGAAACUUCGGGAGAUUUCCCUAUUACGGACGAGAGGAGUUUAAUUAGGACUGUGAGGGGGGAAUUGGAGACUUGUGGUGGGUUGGAGGGGAGUUUGAAUGUUUUGGAGUUUCCGGGGAGUAAGUAUCGGAAUUUGAGGGAGGGUAUGCCGGGGCAGUGA